UCAAUUAACUUGAUUUUCCAUCUCAGAUUGUAGCCACCUUCAGUGUGAUUGAGCAUAUGAAAAAGCUGUUUUAUGAACAAGGACGGAGUUCGAGGAGAGAUGACCCUGAGGUCAUAGAACUGCUUACUGCAAUUGAGAAAGCUAAAGAAGAGUUUGAAUCCAUUGAGAGGCCAACACUAGAAAUCGAGAAUCCUAAAGAAAAGCAGAUUCCUACCGCAAAAGCAAUUCCGUCUGAAGAUUCACAAAAUAGCCACUCUCAUGAUCCGCAAUCCACUAGUUCCCCUAAAUCAACAGUCAUUGCAGGGUCACCUAAAUCUACUCGAGCGUCGACUGAACUGGAUCCAGAUUCAGAGCUGGCUAGACUAGAAUUAGAAUUUGGAAAAGUUAACAAGGACUACUCGAGCGAAGAAAUCAGCGGUUGGGAGUUUGAUGAACUUGAAAAGGAGCUGAGGUCGGAAGCGUAUAAUAAUCCUUGAUCUUGUGACAUACACACAAAGAAUUAAGAAGUUAUUCAAUCUGAAGCAAACUUUACUCUUUGUUUUUCACUUAAAAAUCUGGAACCUAUUGUAAAUUUAUGCAUUGGCAUGUAUAUUUAUUGAGUUUCUCCUCUGUUUGCCAAAUGAUACUGUUCAUCAAACCUACUACAUUGUUCAAACGGUUUGAUCAAUUAUACUGUGAAUUAUGUUAGGAUACAAAUGAUAUUUUGUUGAUAUA